ACAGCUUGUGUUGCUCUCAUGAAAUUUUCACAUUAUCAUAGCAUAUCAAGUUUAUCCUUUAUUUCUUUUUUUUUUUCCAUUUGCUCAUCUCAGUUACCCUCAGGACUGAAACAAUUCUCUAAUACAGCUUUCUAUUAGUUUAUCAACUGUAGAUAGAUCCUUUACAAAUUUACAGUUACUGCCAGCCCAACUGCAUGAAACAAGCAAGUGCUGUUUAUUGCUGACCUUCCAAUAUGAUCGGGUAUGACGAGAUCCAUCAAUUUGGGUGUAUAAUGGAUACGAUCUCAAAGAGAGGGGUUUCCAUUAAAAACAUUGAACGUGAGCUUAUUUGUCCUUCUUGCAAGGAGCUGUUCACACAUCCGUUAAUCUUGCCAUGUCAUCACAGCAUUUGUCACAAAUGUGUGAAAGAGCUACUAUUUUUACCUCACGAGGACUCUACUGAUGUGAGCUCAGAAGCAUCUACUCCUGGAAGCCCACGCAUUCGCAUACAGUCUCCGAGUGUGGAGAGAAUCGAUAAACUUCUCCGAUCAGCAUCAUUACGGAGUUCUGUUGCUCUAAGAGGCUCUAAACGCAAUUCGCUGACACCUAAGAUCACCACGUUAUCAUGCCCAGGAUGUUUACACGACAUAGACCUUGGAGAACGUGGCAUCAGUGGCCUUUUCCGUAACUUUACCCUAGAGACUAUUGUGGAACGAUAUAGGCAGGCUGCUCGUGCCGCAACUGCUAUCAUGUGUGACCUAUGCAAGCCUCCAGCGCAAGAAUCUACCAAAAGCUGCAUGGAUUGUAAUGCUAGCUACUGCAACGAAUGCUUCAAAAUUCAUCAUCCCUGGGGAACCAUCAAAGCUCAACAUGAAUAUGUAGGACCAACAACAAGCUUCAGACCCAAAGUUCUCAUGUGCCCAGAGCAUGAAACAGAAAAAGUAAACAUGUACUGUGAAAUCUGUAGGCGGCCUGUUUGUCACUUGUGCAAACUGGCUGGUGCACAUGCAAACCACAGAGUGACCACAAUGAGUAAUGCAUACAAAACACUCAAGGAAAAGCUUACAAAGGGCAUUAGCUACCUCAUUAGUAAAGAAAGCCAAGUCAAGAACCAAAUAUCAGAAUUAGAACUACUGAUUAAACGAACAGAGUGCAAUGGAGAACAAGCUUUGGAAGAAGCAACUUACAAUUUUGAUAAAUUAUUUAAUAUUUUGGAAGAACGUAAAUCCUUUGUUCUAAAAUCAAUUCAAAAUUCAAAAACCAUGAGAUUAGAGAAACUGCAAAAUCAAAUGGAAGAGUAUCAGGGGCUCUUAGAAAAUAACGGACUUGUUGGAUAUGCCCAGGAAGUACUAAAAGAAACGGACCAGUCUUGCUUUGUUCAAACUGCAAAGCAACUACACAUCAGGAUUCAAAAGGCAACAGAAUCUUUGAAAAUCUUUCAGCCUUCUGCACAUUCUAGCUUUGAAGACUAUUUUAUUGAUGUAUCUAAAGAAAAAGAAAUGUUGAGUGACUUGGCCUUCUCCAGAGCGUUAGAUGUACCAGAAAUUGAUUUAGACCAGAGCAGGAUGUACAACAAUGCUCAGAUUUGCUGGCAAGAGUCUGGAGAAGCAGAUUCAGCAGACAGCUACGUGCUUGAGUACCGUAAACUUGAUAAAAACGAGGAUAUCUUGUGGAAGGAUGUUGAAUCAACCAGUAAUAGUAAAGUUCUUUCUGAUCUUGAAAUGAACAGCUCUUAUUGCUUUCGAGUACAAGGAUUUAGAGGUACUGUCAACAGUCCCAAAAGCAAGGAGGUCAUCUUACACACUCCACCCGCUCCAGUGCUUAACUUCCUGUUUGAUGAUAAAUGUGGAUACAACAAAGAACGCCUCCUCCUUAACAGUAAGAGAGACACUGUGGAAAGCAUGGCUGGUUUACCUUUGUUGCUUGGUGCAGAACGUAUUCAAGUAGGGUGCUAUUCUUGCCUUGAUUAUAUCAUCGGUGACACUGGAAUCACUAAAGGAAAACACUUUUGGGCAUUCUCUGUAGAUUCCCAUUCAUAUCUUGUGAAAGUUGGGGUUGCUUCAGAUGUUAAAUUGCAGGAAUGGCUUCACAAUCCUCGUGACAUAAGUAGUCCAAGGUACGAUCAAGACAGUGGUCAUGACAGUGGGAGUGAAGAUACUACAUUCGAUACAUCUCAGCCCUUUACUCUGGCUACUGUAGGAAUGCGCAAAUUUAUUAUCCCAAAGGCUUCCAAUGUUUCUAGCAAAUGUGCAGAAAGAGUGCUUCCCUUGCCAAGUCGCAUUGGCAUUUGUUUGGACUAUGAGAAAGGCAUAGUUGGGUUCUAUGAUGCUAAUACCAUGAAGUGCCUGUAUGAGCGAGAAGUAGACUGCACUGGAACUAUGUACCCGGCCUUUGCAUUGAUGGGCGGUGGAGGAAUAAGUCUGGAAGAGUUUAUAACAGUUAAACAUUUGGAUUAUUCCAAUGAAAUGUAAAAGGACAAUUCAGAUGUAUUAUUUUGCAGUUAGAAACCAGUCUAAUAUGAAUGUUACAAAUGAUCUUGUCGGUAUAUUCUUUGCACUUUUAAUUGUCAUUCCACUGACUUUGUGUGUAAGUUUUCUUUGUAGCCUUAAAGUGACUUAAAUUCAGUGCAGAAAAGUUCAUGGUCCUAAUUGGUUGGAUUAAUUUAUUACACUUUUCUGCUGUUUUUGGAUUACAUUUUUUAAAAUAUAAUGGUUUUAAAAUGUUUAGAAUUAUUAAGCCAUUUUUAUCACAAUACAAUGUUUAUUACAUUGUCUUUUAGAGGAAAGUGACUACUAUUUGUUGGUUAUUACAACCAUUUUAAGUCACUUUAUACUAAAUGAGACAGAUCCUUUAGCAAACACAAACUUCUUCCAUAGUGAAGUGUUUAAGAUAAAACUAUUUAUUUGCUAUUUAGCCCUCGCUGUUCUUAGGAAGCCGAUUUGUGGCUUUUUUUUUUUUUUGGCUUUUUUUUUUUUUUUUUAUUGCCACCAAACGGAAUGUUUUCCUAAAAUUACAUGUUGUCUUUGUCUGUGUUUUUUUUAAUGUUAUAUUUAUGUUGUGUGAAAAACAUAGUUUAUUAAUUUAACUAUUAUAAGCCUUAAAAUAAAUGCUAAGCAAUGGAAUUAAAAAUGAAUACACAUAUUUACUUUGCAUUUCUGGGUGGGUGAUUUGGUAGAAUUAGAUUAAAUAAUUAAUUAAAUAGCAUAAUUUUAAAAAUAGAAAUUCACUAAAUAGGUGCCAGCUUCAUAGCUUGUAUUUAAAAACACAUUUUAUUUAUUUGGACACAUAUUAACUCCAUUGUGCACACUAAUUUAGACAAUAUUAAGAUGACAUUUUUUUCAAAGCACACACAUAUGUUUCUAAGCAGGUAUCUGAACAUAAUCCCUGUUUAGACGAUGAAAUUCACAAAUAUAUAGCACUCCGAAUGUUUGUUUUAUUCUACGGUACUAAUGAAUGGUUACAUUUUUUUUUCUUCCUUUUUAAUUGCACUUUAUAGCGGAGAUGGAGCUAAACACUAUGCAAUGGUUUAUGAAUUAUGUAAUUAAGCUGCUACAUUGAAAUACUGGGUACUAAUGAGAAAAUAUAAAUUAUGCAGUCUCUAUUUCCAUAGUAAAGCUUUAUUAGGGCAUAUGAGAUUAUAUAUACUUUGUGUUGUUGUUGUGGUGUUUUUUUAAAUAAAAUAUUAAAACCUCUUUAUAA